CGUAGUUCCUUCAAUCGAUACACCGCGCAGUGUUGUUUGCCUCGUAGUAUAAAAAUGUUACAGAAUUUCUCGUUUUACACGGGUAUCCAAAGAUCACCUGAAAACGAGGCACGAACGUUACAAUAUCAUUCCGUCGCGGUACAAACCACCGAAUAAAGAGACUAGUGAGAAAGAUGUUGCAAAACAAAAUAGUGCACUGCUAGAAAUUCGAGAGUUCUCGUAUCCGAGCCUUGGCAUCCCUUCAUUGAUUUCCAAGACACGCCGCGUGCAAAAACUUGCGAAGUGCAAUGUGAUUGUUGUAUUAACAGAAACUAUAUCGUGAAAGUGUACACGUUCGAUAAUCAAUCGCAAAUUAUAGUGCUUCGCAUUAAAAUUUAGACUCGAACACGAGAUUCGUUUCACGGCUUUUAUCAGUACAUUGAACAGACGUAUCACCCUCGAACGAAACAAUGUUACGUUGAUCGAAUUGUUGCGAAAAAUCAUAAUUGAAUUAUGGUUAUUUGAACGUUGAAGCAUUUUCCUUUCUAUUUAGUUCAUCGACCAGUCGUGACUGAAUGAAAUACCAACAGUGUCCAAGCAACAAUGCUACUCCAAUGAUUGUUCCCUGUCAAACGAGCCCUCGAAUAUAUCGUCAUGGUGUGAAAUGAAAUAAUAUCGAAGAACAUGUCUUCGAUAACAGCUGUUACUAAGGCUACUUUCGAAACAUGGUGCUAUCGAUACGAUAGUACGGUAGUAUCGACUUUCCGUUGAACUAUCAAACUACUCGAAACUUUUCUCGUAACAUCAGUGUGUGUAUCAUCGACGAGCUAAUGAUCGAUGAAUGCCUCGGACUAAAUGUGUUGAUCAUCGUUAACGACACGCCUACUACAUUUCGAACUGUCGAGAAAAACGUUUUAAAAGAAGAAACAUUCAGUAGGUGUUACGUUUCGCGGAAAUCUUCUAUUAACCAGAUGGUUCGUGGCAGUGAUGCCCUCGUCGGAGGAGGAAAGCCAGUGGCUUGUUGGCAGCGGGACUGGUCUCCCAUCUUCCGGCGGUGGUACAACAUCCGGAACUGGAGAACGUACAGCCAGUAAUAAAGGAGGACUUUACACAGAGGAGAUGACGACGCAACCAGCAAAUGCGAAUAACGCGGGUGUGAAUGCGGCUUCAACCGAUUCCGCCGAGCACGAUCUUAUUGACUCCACAGCAGAUGCAACACUUUUGGCACAAUUUCAUGAAGAUGCUAUUAAGCAGGCUGGUGUUGGUUAUUUCCAAAUAUUGGCUGCUUUGUGCACAGGCUUAAGUCUUGCAGCAGAUACUGUUGAAUUUUUUGUUGUACCGUACAUUUUGCCAAGUGCAGAAGUUGAAUUGUGCAUCGAGGACAAUGAGAAAGGAUGGCUUAGCAAUAUUACACUGAUGGGUCUUGCUUUGGGUGGAUUAUUCUGGGGUGGUCUGGGAGACAGACUUGGAAGGCGUAGAUCUUUAUUAUCUGCAAUGUCUGUUCAUGCCUUAUUUAGUUCCGUUGCUACUUUUAUGCCAACUUAUGGCACAUUUAUGACUGCAAGAUUUUGUUCUGCAAUUGGAGUAGGAGGAUCUUUACCACUAGCAUUUGCAUAUCUCGCAGAAUGUUGUCCAAGACUUAGCAGAGGUCCAUGGGUUGGUUUACUUGUAGCAGCAGGAGCGCUAGGAGGUGUAUAUGCAGCUCUUUUAGCGUGGGUAGUAGUUCCCACGACUGGAGAAAUGGUUGUUCUUGAAAAUAAGGAACAUUUCAGUGCUUGGCACCGCUUUUUGCUGCUUUGUUGUUUACCUGCAUUGUGCUCUACUAUUGGACUUAUUUUUAUACCAGAAAGUCCUAGAUAUCUGGUAGAAGCAGGCAGAGAUGUGGAAGCAAUGAUGGUUUAUCAGAAAAUAUACAAGAAAAAUAAUGCACGAAAAGGUGCCACAGGUGCACAGUAUCAACUUUCUGAAUUGGAGCUUCCAACGAAAAGGCCUCGUGGUUUGGCACCUCCAUCUCCUACUAACCACACUAGCGUUUUGGCCGACAUAAUUUAUUCUAUUGAAAUGUUUUGGAAUUCUUUUCUGGAGCUAUUUAUAUCACCGCAUUUACGUGUAACGGUAGUGCUGAUAAUUAUUUGGACGACCGUAUCAUUCGGACUAUACGGCCUUAUGGUAUGGUGUCCCGAAUAUCUCAAGCUUCUACGUGCUACAGAAUACAAAAAUCACACUGUAACAAUUUCUGGGGAAGAGUUUAAAGGAAGGAUAUUCAGUGGCUCUUUAGAGAAUCGCCAGUACAGAGAUUCGAUCUUUUUAAACUGCAAAUUUACAAAGAUGGUAUUUAGCCACGUAGAUUUCGACAAUUGUACUUUCCAGUCUGUAGAAUUCAGUAGCAUAAAGUCCAGUAAAACUCACUUUACAGAUAGUAUCAUUGUAUAUUCGAAAUUUGUAGAUACGGAUCUGUCUGCGCAAGUUUUUACGGGAUGUAUAUUGGAAAAUAAUACGGAAUUAAGUUUAAGUGGACCGUGCCCAACACUCGAUUUGGAUUAUAAUAUUUAUAUAGAAGAAGCUCUACAUGGUCAUCUCGUUGCUCAAUUGGCCUUUGUGCCUGCUGCUACUUUGGCAGGACUAGCACUUACUGUUCUUCAGCGGCCAAAAAUGAUUGGUAUUUCAUUAUUUUUCUCUUCGGUAGCUGCGGUAUGUUUAAUUUUAGUGGGCACAAAUAGUUCGGCAGUCCUUGGAUUUGAAGGUGGCUUUAUAGCAAUUUUUGCUAUUGCUUGGACGUCACUUACAUUGGUUACAGUCGAGAGCUUCCCUACUCAUUUGAGGUGUACUGGUUUUGGUUUCGUGGCGGCUGUUAUAAGAAUAUCUGGUUUAAUAGGAACUACAACUUAUAAAACUUUAGUCGGCGCGCCCUUAAUUGUGCCAGCAUUAUUGACUGCAUUGCCGUUGUUAACAGCUAGUCUCGCAACGUUUAAAUUGCCCCAUACUCAUACAGUUUUCUUAUAAGGAUCUUACGAAUAAGUGACUAAGAACAUAGAGUCGCCAUCAGAAAGACGUUUUUAAUCUAUAUUUUAAUGAAUCACUUAUGAACUGCGCUGAUGUUUUUACUCAAUACACUCAUGACAAGAAAUGUCUCAGAAUACAUCUCGAGAAGUUCGAAAAAAUCGAUUUCCACUAAAAGGUAUUGAACAUAAAUUGCAAGUGAAGUGUCUUGGACAAGUGCAAAUAUUUCAAUUUGCAAGUUUAAUAAACAGAAAUUACAUUUUUCCCAUGGAAGUGUGACUACGUACAAAGUGACAUAUCCUAGUUAAAUGGAAUGAUGAAUCGCGGUUUGCAAGGAAGGUUGAGUAUUUAAAGCGCACAGACAUUGAGGAUUAAUCGUUUUGUACGCUAGAAUGUGGACAUUUUAGAAGAUUUAAUAUAUGUGUUUUAAUACGUUGACUGUUCACUAAUCCAUAUGCGGGUAGGACUCUGUCGAAUACAGAACAAAUACCAUCUGUACUGGUAAUUUGAAAGAUUUUGUAAAACCAAAAUAUAUAGCUACAUUACAAGGAAAUUAAUGCAUAGUACUUAGAAGAAAAUAGCAGAAUAUUUAUUGUUAUGAAAAUCUCACCGUUUUUCGGACAUUUGAAUCGUAUUCAUAAUUCCAGGUUCGAACAGUCAAUGUGUUAAGCAUAAACGAAGGUCACUGUUGUAGCAGAAAGAUCUUAGAGGGAAAGGUGAAAGACGUACGGAGAGAUUGAAUAGUUGAGUUACAUUACUGAAAUUUCAUGUAGGACUUAUACUCCAAGAUUACGCUCCAUCUAACUUCAAGUUUAAUAUAAGCCAUUUUGCGACUCAUUCUUGAGCGAAGAAAGUUGCAAAAUGCACAUAUAUGUUUGUAAAACUAUUUUAAUAGGGCUACAGCCACGAAACGUGUCAAUUUUAAUGGAUGUUAAGAGGCUGAAAAUCGUCAUCCAUAAUGAUACGUCAAGACAUAACAAGAAUAUUAAAACCCUAGAAACUUUGCUUACUGAAAAUGCAUUUGCAUAUCUGAGAUAGAAGACGUGGAAUGUUAUUCAUAGUGUGUAAAUGUUUUUUUUUUCUUUUUUUUUUUUUGUUCAUUAGGCUAGAAGAAGCUGUGCAUGUUUCUAGAGUUACUAAUUCUAAGCGAUUUGUUUGAAAAAGUUUGCCAAGGACAGUAUCGUAGAAAUUUUUAUAUUUACAGUUGCUGCAUACGCUUUUGCUACUUAAAAAAUUAAAACAUAUAUCGUAAGAGAAUAGGUAGAGAAACCUGAAUUGAGUGAUAAUGAACUGUUUCUACUCUGAAAAAAACAGUCAUUAAGCGAACACACAUUAAAUAUGUUUACUUUUUACCAAUUUACUAGCUCACAAAAACUUUAGAUGCUAGACUCAGCUAAUCAAGAGGCAUUAUCCAUCUAACGAGAAAUAUAAACGCGGUGUACGGACUCUAAAUUCUCAGCUGAAGACUUGAAAUUGAAAAAAGUAGAAGCUUGAGCUUUGUUUAGUAUAAAUCUAAGAGAUUAUUGCCACUAGUCAACUUUCAAUCGUCUUUGAGCUUUUAUAAAGCGAUGAACUUUUAAAAAACUGUGUCAGACUUUCUAACACUUGCGAAUGAAGUAAAACAUUUGUUUCUACGGAAUCGUAUGGAUGUAUCAGUGUCGCCUUAAUUACAGGAGUCGCUAUUAUAUUUACGGAAAAUUUUGCUAGAAUUUUAUUCUUGUCGUGGGAUAAGAAAUCGCGAUGGCAAGCCAAAGCUGACAAAAUACUGGUUCCUCAAGACGGACAACUAUUCCUAGGUAAUAAGAAUGUAAAGUAACUUUUAUGAAGCGAUUAUCGAGGUGUCUCAUUCUUAUUGAAACUUAAAAUAUAUUACUAAAUAUUUAAGCAAGUUUAUUAGUAAAGUA